AUGCGGGAGAAGCAGACUGAGCUUCUGCGCCAGGGUGAAAGUUUCGAGGCCCGCGUCCGGCAGCUGCAGGAGCAGCAGGCCGACCUCGAAUCGCGACAUGGCGACCUCCAGGAGAGCCACAGCCGGCUCGCAAGCGAGCGCGAAGCCCUGGGCCGCGACUUCGAUGGCUUCCGAGCUGAGGCUGCGGAGAAGCUUCGGGUACGUGAGGAGGAGUUGGCCAAGCAGCUGAAGGACAGGGAGACUGAGCAGUCUGCUCAGGCCACGGACUUUGCUGCGCAGCAGGCGAAGCUUGAGCGGCAGCACGCUGACUUGCAGCAGCGCCACGAGCAGCUGAAU